AUGUCGGGAAUCGCUAGGGUGUAUGGAAAGGAGGCUGUCGUAGUACUGAUCGCCGCAACCAGUCUAUGUCUCAAGCAUUCAAGGCGCCUGAACAUCAACCUUGUGUGCGAGGACGAGAAUGUCGGCCAGUGGAAAUUGUUCGAAGGGCAAUCGAAGCCACAGCUUUUGGUGCGGGUGAAACUCGUCAUAAGACAUGCCAGCAAUCCCGUCAUCGCCAACUGGGGCGCUGGUUCUGAAGACUUGUUUCUCCAAACCAACUUGCAGAGGGGCGUGCGAUGA